GAGAACACAGUUUCAUUCACACGUCACUCACAGCUUUGACUCGGACGACAAAAACCCCGAAGACAACAGAUCCGAGUGUCUCAGUUCAGGAUGGACAGGAAGCAGUGCUGUGUGAAGCUGUCCGUCCAGCCGUCCAGAGGGCUCAUGGACGAGAAGUUCAUCGUCCUGGUCCAGAACGUCCUCCCUGGUUCCCAGCUGACCGUCUACGCCUUCUACCAGUGUGAAGGAGGACACAGCUGGGAGGCGUUCGCUCACUACACCGCCAACGCCGCCGGGACUGUGAACGUUUCUGAGGAUCCCAGUCUGGGAGGGACCUAUUCUGGGGUUGAACCGAUGGGUCUAAUGUGGAGCUUCAGACCAGUUCCAGGCAGCAAACCUGGGCUCAGGAUGAGGAAGAUGAACGUCCAGACUCCCAUGGAGGUCACAGUCUCAGUGUACCAGGGUCACCUGACUGAGGGCUUCGUGGACCAGGUGCCGCUGGCCGGUGUGGUGGUGGAGCGCUGGUACAUGGCGCCCGGCGUCCGCAGGAUCCCGAUUACAGAGGGCGGACUCACAGCGACCCUCUUCCUCCCCUCAGGUCCGGGUCCGUUCCCCGGCCUCCUGGACCUGUGGGGGGGUGGAGGGAGGUUGGUGGAGUAUCGAGCAGCGCUGCUGGCCUCCCACGGAAUCGCCUCCCUGGCCCUCGACUACCUGACACCUAAAAUCACCAAGGACACCGGGAAGAUGGUGGACACCGAGUAUUUUGAGACGGCCUACAGAGUCCUGGAGCAGCAUCCUCAGAUCCUCAGCAGCAGGAUCGGCAUGUUGGGCCUUUCCUUCGGCACCAGUAUCACCUUUAGAUUGGCGGUUUACUCCCAAGUAGUGAAGCUCAGGUGUGCAGUGUGUAUUAGUGGGAGUCAUGUGCAGCCGAUCGACGGAUCUAUGGAACAAAUAUUGGCUUUCCUUAACAAAAAUAGUGAUAAGACUCGAUUCAACGAGGAAAACCAUGUGAUCUGGCGAGAUCUGCUGCUGCCCAUCCCCACCGACCCCUCACUCAAAGUGGACGUGGGACGUCUCCAGUGUCCUCUGCUGCUGGUUGUGGGUGAGGACGAUCAGAACUGGCCCGCCUACGAGUCUGCAAUGGACAUGAAGGAGAUGAUGCAGCGGGCGGGGAACGAACACCUGCUGACUGUCCUGUCGUACACGAACGCCGGUCACCUGAUCGAACCUCCAUUCACGCCGUUCGCCCGAGCCAGCAACUUCAAAAUAGUCACCCCCCAACUUCAGACAGUAAUGGUUCUGUGGGGCGGAGAGAUGGUGGCACAUUCUCGCGCUCAGGAAGACGCCUGGAGGAAGACGCUGGUCUUCCUGAGGGAGAAUCUGUACGGCGGCUCAAACCCUGGUGCUACUUCAUUUUCCAACCUGUAACCAAGUCAACACCUGUUGGUUAUAAAGUCUCUAACUGGGAAGAGCUACUUCAGGAGCCUCUGGUUCAGGAAGUAAACGUCUUGUUCAUUUAUCCUCGUAGAUAAUAUUACGUAACUCACGUUUCAUGCUUUGAUUGACAUGAGUCAGUACAAAGGAUGAAUAACUGGUAAUAAUAUUAAAGUUUAAUUAUUUAUUUUCUAAUUACAAUGUGCUUUUAUCAUCAUCACUUCAUUCACUAUUGCUUUAGUCCAAAGCGUCCAAAAACACUUUACUAUGAUUACUAUGAUAGAAAACAGAGAAAACCAUCAGCACCUCACACUGGAGAAGCCGACCGCCGAGAAUUGUUGAGAGUUUUUGAUCAAUAAAUGAUCAAAACGUAUUUACAUUUUCUGAGGAUCGAUUCAUAAAGACAGAGAUCUGUUUUGUUUUUUUAUCCUGCGUUCUGUCCUGAUGGACCAUCAUUGCAUUAAUAAUGUACAAAAUGAAUAAACAUGUGUCUGUGAAUCACUUGUCUACAGUUACAGAUUCUCACACAUUAAAUUCCUCUGCAGAAUUUUACUACACUUCAAACUCACUAAAAUAUCAUUUCUGCAAGAAUUAGCUGAAGCGUAUUAUUAAUAUCAUCACAUUUCAUAUUAUCUUCUCCCCCAUGUGGAUGUGAUAAUGUGGUCCGUGAGUGAGUGAGUUUGCACCUCUGUGUCUGUCCGCUAACAACAUAAUAUUUUGGAUCCCAGCUACUUGACCUCUUGUGGUUCUCAGGGUUCUCCGCCCUUCUCUAGUUAUUUUAACCCAAACAACGAUUUUUUCUCGUUUUUUUUUCUAACAAAGUUUGUUCCUGUAAAGAUGAAAGUUCAUUUUGAAAAGGCGGUAUGCAUGAAACGACCGGAAACGUGUUUCUGACACAUGAAAAUAAGAAGUAAUUUAUCUUCAAAUAUCAUAUGAAUCGUGGAAUGACGAUAUGUUUUACUGCUACGUACACGACCAGACACUCGCUAGCAUUACGCACACUAACUACGCUAAACCUACGAGUGUGUGUUGUUAAACUAAAAUGUGUUGUACAAGUAGCCAUUUAAAAUAAAAUAAUGUUUAGUCCUGGACAGAAGAUUAUGAUUUUGUCG